GUGUGUGUGUGUGUAAUUUACUUUGGAACAAAUCACUACGGUACUGCAGAAUUUAGACUAAGUGUCUGACUUAGUCUCUUACCUCCUUUUUUUUUUUCACUCUCUUACCUCUUCCUCCCCCCCCCACCCGAAAAAGGCUAGAGAAGUUAGUUGAUGUGUGUAUAUGUUUUUUAUAUAUAUAUAGUUUUAAAAUAUAUAUGUAAUUGUAGUUUAAUUCUUUUAGAGUGUAACUUGCUUUACAGAACUAUAGUUACUCAUUUGGUCAUGUCUAAAAGAUAAUUUGGCAAAAAAUACUGCAGAAAUUUACAUUUCCUUUCCGAUGCAAUACUUAGGAAACUGAACUCAGACUCUUAAUCGUAUGACCUUGAUAAAAGUUCUUUAAAAAUGCAACGGAAAUCAAUCAAACCAAGAAGAAAGGUAUUUUCGUUUUUAAAGUACUUAUAUGCCUUGUGAUUUUUAAAAAAUAUGCUCUGAAACAUUUCUUCUUCAUUGAGAAGAAACUGAGUUUGUGUUUUCUAGGCUCUAAAUUUGCCACUCCCUCUUAUUUAUAAGUGGUUGACGAAGGCCAACAUGUUAGCAGCUAUAUAUAAACAUCUACACUUCAGACUAAAUAUAGUGUUGAAUAUUUUAGAGUCCACAGUAUCUUGCCUAAGUCUAAAAUACUCUGUGUGUGGUAAAACUGAAUUUUUAGUCUGCUGGUGUUAAAAGAUUGGUUUGAACUUAAUUUUUCACAUAAACCACAUAGGUCUGCAACAUUGAGUGUUGGAUUCAUAUUGUGCCUGGGAGGAUGUGGCACUUGAAAAGAUAAUCAAAGAUGAAGACACUGUUUGAAGAGAUCAAAGCAUCAAUUAAAAAUAACUAUAACCAAGAUCGCUCAUUUUGGAGGCCUGUUCUUCCUUGGGGAGGUGUUUUUACUAUCAAAGCUGGCCGCAAAGCAGUAUCCUGUACACCACUCUAUGUUGAAAUAAGACUGAAAAAUACCUGCACCAUAGAUGGAUUCUUGAUGUUAUUGUAUGUCAUUCUCAAUGAAAAUGAAAAUUUUCCCAGGGAACUCUCCCUUCAUUUAGGUAGAGAGUUUGUAGACUGUUUUCUUUAUUUAAUGGACACCUACAGUUUUACAACUGUGAAGCUGCUUUGGAUUUGGGACAAGAUGGAAAAACAGCAAUACAAAUCUGAAGUUCAUAAAGCUUCGUUAAUAAUUGAUUUGUUUGGGAAUGAGCAUGAUAAUUUUACAAAAAAUCUUGAAAAUCUCAUGUCGACCAUACAAGAGAGUUACUGUUCCAACUGGCGAUGCCCAACUCGAGUGCAGGAGGAUCAGCAGCGCACAAUUAAUAUAAAUCCUCCCCAAGAAAUUCCACAUGGAAACUUGAUACGACUGGCUGUGGACGAGUUAUUCUGUUCCAGGAUUGAACUGUGUGAGGAGCGUGGAUGUGGUGGCCUAAGAGAAUUUUCCCAACGAAUUUUCUGCCACGGGGCACCCCCUUUUGUUGUCUUAAAUAUGCAGCAUUGGAAAUCUGAAGAUCUGGCAUAUGUACCCUAUUACUUGGAUUUAUCUGAUCACAAGUAUUUGUUGGAAGGUGCCACGUUGUUUAACAAAGAGGAACAUCAUUAUUCUGCAGCUUUUCAAAUUGAUGGACAUUGGAUGCACUAUGAUGGCCUCAGAAAUGUGAAUUUAAUUUUGUUAAAUAAACCCCCAGAGUUUCUCCUCUUGUCAUCAUUGGUUUAUAUUCGAGCAACAGAGAAAUAAAUAUAGACUGAUGCUAAAUUAAAUUGUUUUCCCUCCUGCCCAUGCUCCCCCAGAUGAAGGGCUUUUAUUUUGUAUAUACUUGGUAUCCAAGGAAAUAGUUCAGCUAUAUUAGUUUCAGAGGUGUAUUUUCUAGAGUUUAGCCCCAGGUAAAUGUUUUAUAUAGGGAAUCUAUGCAAAAAUGUUUGUAUUUCUUUUUUCUAUAUCCCAGGUUAUUUUUAUACAAGCAUAUUUUAUGUUGAAAUAAAAUAUAUCUUGUAGCCUUUGUAUUUUUUAUUUAUAUGUACCUCAAAGGUUUUUUUACAAUUCUGUUUUUGAAUCCAAGAAAAUACUUCAUCAUUUGAAAUCUCAAUUUUUCUUUUUGAAUAUCCAAAUAAAAACCUGGGUACAAGUCAAUUUUCAGUUUAUAUAAAUUUAACAGUUCAAAAUGUAUCUACCUGUUUAUUUGCCCUACCUCACUCUAAUCCAAAGUGCACUACUGGAUCUAGUAUGGAUUUGAAUGUACAACUAUAGAUGGCUUAGUCUGUUUUACCUGUUGAUUUGCCUAAUAUCCCUGCAGCAGUUUUUAAAAAUACUUUGGUGAGAAUGUUUUUCUGGACUUGAAUUAUUUCUUUAUAAUGGCAAAUUACUUUAACCACUUGCUAAAGUAUUAAAAACCUACCAGUGGAUUUUAAGUGUUAACUAAACUUCCAAGUUUAAUUAAAGUUAUUGUUAUAAAUUAUAUAACUAAUCUAAAUGUUUAAAUGUAAUAGAAGUUCUCUAGUAAAAAUUUAUUUUGCAGAUAAGACAAUUAUAAAAAAAGGUUAGGCAAAUCGUAUGUUUACUAAUGUUGGAUGAACAGUGGAAAUGUACUUUAAAUGUAUAUUUAAGAGAAAAUGGGUGCCUGGGAAUACAGUUGACCCUUGAAUAACUUCGGGGGGCUGGUGCCCUGACCCCCCACGUAGUCAAAAAGCCCCAUGUAACUUUACAGUCAUCCCUCCAUAUCUGUGGUUCCACAUCCUCAGAUUCAAACAAGCUUGGAUCAUGUAGUACUGUAGGACGUAUUUAUUGAAAAAAAUGCAUGUAUAAGUGGACCCACACAGUUCAAACCCAUGUUGUUCAAAGGGCAACUGUGUUUCUCUUCCUGGUAAAUCAUAUUGGCACAGAGGAAAAGAAAUACUUAAAUUUGGGGGAUAACGUGUGUGCUCCCUUAGAAGUAGUAAACUGAUAGCAUGAGGCUUUCUUUGUUUUGCAAUAUAAAUUAUCAGAAGUUUAUAGUUACCAGAAUAUUGUUUCUUUUUAAAGGCUCUAAGAUCUCUUUUCCUUUUGCACUUUAAAGGAAAAAAAUAGGUAAUUCUCAAGGGAAAAUACUUUUUGAAAUCUGUAAUCAUUUACUUUGGUGUUUUCAGUAAAUAGUCCACCCUAGGUUUUGGGUUGAGAUUGAGCGCAAUAUAUUUGGAGAUUUUUACACAGCAACACAGUUCACUGCCAUAUACCAAAUUGCCAAGGUUUAAUUCAAUAAAUUGUCUUACCUUGCCCUGGUGCCAUGUUGAGGUAGCUUUCUGAAGAGUGGAUAAAUGUGAGUGCAGCACUGAUGAGGAUGCAUUUUUGUCUUGUGUAAAAAAAGAAUAUUCAUAGUAUUUGCUCAAAAUAGUGAUCUAUUUUAUUAAAAAAAAUUCACCCCAGAGUUUAUUUAACUAGUUCCCACAUGUGUUUAAAUAGGAUUUGAAUUGUAGUAAACUUUUCUGGGGACACCUUACUGCAUGACUUAAAGUAUACAAAAACACAAAUAUUAGCAUAUACAUAAAUGGUGUCAUUAACAACAUUUUUCCUGAUGCAGAUUUAUUCUUUUAUGAAUUGCACUUUAUUUGGAAUGAUACCAGUUUAUCACAAAGCAAUGACUUUAACCUACCUCACAGGGUUGUUGUGAGGAUUAAAAUGUUUGUUAAUAUCUUGACUACCUUGAACAUGCUAAUAAAAAAAUAUUUUUUCUA